AGAAAAAUUAGAUGGCAAAGCAACCCAGUUCGUUUGGCUAAUAAACCCAACUAAAUUCCAGCGUCAAAUAGAGAGACCUUUUUAAUCGUGUCGUGCCUGUGACCGAGUCGAGUCUCUGUGACCAGCCUGAACGCAGUCAGCCCCUCGAAAGACAGUGGAGGGGAGCCCAGAGCUCCAUACAUGUAGAAUAGGAACAAAAAAUCCAAGCAGCAAUAACCCGCGGCAGCCAAAAUUAAUAUCUUCCUCGAAACCAUCAGCCAGCUGGCUGCCUUUGCGACCAACAGCAAGAACAUGCAGCUGCUAAUAUCAUCGGUCUGCAUGGCGCUGACCAGCGCCGUAAUUGGCAAUGCAUAUUUUCAGAAGCAGCAGUUCUAUCCCGCUGUGGUCUACAUCACCAAAUCCAAUGCAUCCAUGGCAGUGAUUUACAUCCAGUUCUUUGUGAUUGUUUUUAUGUUCGGUAAACUGCUGCGCAAGAUAUUCCUGGGAACCCUGCGUGCUGCCGAGUUCGAGCAUUUGCUGGAGCGAUUCUGGUAUGCACUCACCGAGACCUGUUUGGCGUUCACCGUGUUCCGAGAUGACUUCAAUCCUCAAUUUGUGGCCCUGUUUACGGUGCUACUGUUUCUCAAAUCAUUCCAUUGGCUGGCCGAGGAGCGCGUUGACUAUAUGGAGCGCUCCCCAGUACUCGGUUGGCUGUUUCACAUACGCGUCGGCAGCCUGUUGACCAUGCUUGGUAUUCUCGACUAUCUGCUGCUCAUACACGCCUACAAUUCAACCCUGGUGCGGGGGCCCACAGUGCAGCUGGUCUUUGGCUUUGAGUACGCGAUCCUCCUGACGGUCAUCGCCAGCACGACCAUUAAAUAUGUGCUGCAUGCGGCGGAGAUGCGCACGGACACGCCCUGGGAGAACAAGGCAGUUUUCCUGCUGUACACGGAGCUGGUGAUUGGCCUCAUCAAAGUUGUGCUCUAUCUGCUGUUCGUGGUUAUCAUGGCCAAGAUCUAUGCCCUGCCGAUGUUCGUUUUCCGGCCCAUGUUCUUCACCAUACGAAAUUUCCGAAAGGCUCUUAACGAUGUGAUCAUGUCCCGCCGGGCCAUUCGCAACAUGAACACACUGUAUCCGGAUGCCACGCCCGAGGAGCUGCGCCUGUCCGACAACAUUUGCAUUAUCUGUCGCGAGGACAUGGUCAAUCACUCCAAGAAGCUGCCCUGUGGCCACAUCUUUCACACCACCUGCCUGCGCUCUUGGUUCCAGCGCCAGCAGACAUGUCCCACAUGUCGUCUGAACAUUUUGCGCACACCGGCCGUCAACUCUGUGGCCAUGCCCCGAGCAGCCGACGAUGCUGCUGGUGCUGGUGCAGCCGGGGCAAACGCUGCUGCAGGAGCUGGCGGCGUACAGCCUGCAGGAAACGAUGAUCCUAAUGCUGUGGCUGCUGCUGCGGCUGCAGCUGCGGCCGCUGCGCUCGAUCUCGAUGGCAAUAUGGGACGAGCCAGGAGGCCAGGAGUGAACGGAGCUGCAACUUUCUCGGAACUGUUCGCCGAAGCCAAUCGCUUGCCGAAUGGAUUGCCCAACCUUGGCAUACCUCGACCGCCGAUUCCACCCAUGCCCAUGCUAUCGCCAUUCAUGAUGCCGCCACACUUUGCCUACUUCACUCCACCACCACUACCGCCGCCGCCCAUGCCCCAGGAUCUAUCCAGAUUCAGCGAUGAUGAGCUGCGCGCCAUGGAGGGAGACCAGCGCAAGCAUAUCGAGCAGCGUCUCAAGUUGCUGGGGAACAUAAAUCUAAUGCUGGAUUCGGUGGGGAUCAUGAUGAACCAGUACCAGACUCUGACGGCACGCUUGCAGCUAGCUGCAGGGCCCUCAACAUCCACCCCAGCUGCACCUCCAGCGACAGGUGAUGCAACAGAAAGUCCUGCUGCUGCAGCUGAGACUGCUGCUUCAGCUGCCGAGUCGGCUUCUCCUUCAGUGUAUGACAUGCCCAGUACCUCGGCGGCAGCUAGGAACCAGCAGGAAGAGGCUCGCCAGCUUAAGACUGCUGCUGGGCUGGGAUCAGGAGUGGCCGUAGUCGCUGCUGGCAAUGGUGCAGAGAGAGUGACUAUUGAGGAUUUGGGCGCAGACGAGGAUGAUGUACCCUCCACGGCCACAAAGACCCAGAGCCUAGGGAAUUCCGAGGCAGAGGUCGCUGACAACUCCUCCAAAUUAAAUGAGCUGCGAGAGCGGCGCUUGAAGUUCUUGCAGGAUAACAACAAAACGGCAAACGGCAGCGAAAAGACUACAUCUGAAUAGAGGAUUCCCAGGGGAACUGAACUCAAAAUGAACAGCAACAGCAGCGAGCAGCAGCAGCAGCGACGACAUCCAGAUCAGAUCACAGCACCUCCAGUCUGCAUCCAAUGCCAUCCACCAAAAAGAAACUUAUUUUAUAUUCUAUCGGAUGGGAUAUAUUGAUUUGGUUUUUUGUCCGCUCUGCCCUUUUCUGUGUGCUCUUCUUCCUUGGAACCUGUUUGACUCUGUUAUUUUGUAUGGCUUGCGAUUUUGAAAUAUAAAUAUAAUGACUACGA